UACAUCUCUCUGAAAAAUCAACCAUCUACCAAGGGACAUUUGAUCUACUCACCAUCAGAGAUUAAAAUAAAAAAUAUAUAAGUAACACAAAAUGCAGAAGUGAGAGAGCUGAGGCAAAUAUUGUACAUCAGACCUCAAUCUAGCACCUCACUUCCAUGUAGCAGUUCAUGUCAGGGAGGUUGGUUUCGACUGCUUGGUUUGGCUGAUCUGUCAGCUCAGGGUCGACUCAAGCGUAGAGGAGAGAGAAUAUAAUGUGUCAGGGUUUUGUUACCAGGAAGUGGGUCGAGUUAUUUAUAUUUCAACACUCGUCCUCUCGUACCCGAGGGAGAACCAAUGGUAGUAACCUGAAACUAGAUAUUCAAACAUUGUGUGGUUCUGGAUGCAUCGACAUGAUAGAGAACAAUUGGCUUCACGUUGAGGAACUCUGAGGACCCGGAGAAACUAUCUGUAAAUGUAAAUAAUGUAAAGACUGUGUGGAAGGGUAAAGUGACCCUGUGAGGGAUUCAACAUUGGCAAAGGUGUUGGGAUGAAGCUCCAUGAGAAGAUUCUGACCCAUUACCUAUCAUGCACCUCUCCAGUAGACAAAGAGGGAUAUCUUUACAAAAAGAAAGAGCGAACUGCCAACUACCAGCGGCGGUGGUUUGUCCUGAAGGCAAACCUGCUUUUCUACCAGGAGCGCCCAGCUGAUCGACACCUGCUGGGUGUCAUCGUGCUGGAGGGGUGUGAAGUCCGGCACUCGGAGUCUGAUGGACAGUUUGCCUUUUCUCUGGUGUUUGAAGGGCCUGGACUCAAAACCUACAGAUUUGCAGCAGGGGAUCGUCAGACUCUAGAGAGCUGGGUGAAAGCUUUGCUCUCAGCCAGCCACUGUUACCUCUCCCUGCUGGUGAAAGACUUGGGCAGGCAGUAUGAAGGUGUGUUAGAAGCUAAACAGCAACAAGGCUCUGGUGAAUCUGGUGACAGCUCCUCUGUCAGUGCCCUCAAACAGUCCACGACCAACUUCUUCUUACCUGUGCAGUGGCCAACAACAGUGGUCAGGGAGGGGAGAAGCUUCAGUGCUAGCACUGUUUUACAUGUUCCUUCAAUACCCACUAAAGUGGUAGCUAAAAAGUCCCCUAAACUGUGGCUCAGGAGAAAUGCUCACGUCACACCACUUAAUGGACCGGCACCUUUGUACGGCGAAUGGCCUUUGGUGGGUUUUGAUCCACUUGAGGAGUUUAGCAAACUUCAUGAUUAUUAUGGCCAAGAAGUGAAGAAAGCGAGAGAGGAAUGGCUGAGGAGUCGACAAGCAAAAGAGGAACACGUUGAUAGAGAUCUCAUCGACCUGGGCUGAAAGUAAAACUGACAGUUUAGAGACCAUUUAAGAGGAAGUGAGAUGGAGUGGUUCAUGUGUGUUAAAAAGUUCCUGAACGGUUGUGAGUUAUAGCCUGCUGUAUUUAAGAACAUGGAGUUUGAGGCCCAGACAUCUGUAAAUGUGCUAAAUUUCAUAUAAUGAGUUUAGGACAUUUGUAUGUUAAAUUUGUUUACAGUAAGUUGUAAUUUUCCUGAUUUUCCAUGGGAUGUAACAAAGAACAUCACAUCAUUUAAAAUAUUUUUACUAAUAACAUUAACAAUGUCUCAGUUCUAUUUAAAUGUCACAGUAGGCAAUAACAGUGUAACAAUGAGACAGCAUGCACAAUAACACGGCCCUGAAACUGAAGCAGCUAAAUGGAAUUCAGCCAUGAGUAAUUUUAUUAUUUACACCUGUUCUUUACAUGUCAAAAUGUCUCCCAUGAAAAAGGCCUUUUCCUUGUUUGUUCUCAUGUAGUCCCUGCUAAUUGUAACUUGCACACCUGCGGCUAAUUGCAUAUGCAUAGCAGUAUUAAGCAAAGAGCAUUAUAUAUUUUUCAUUGCUUGAAAAUAAAAUUGGUCUGUUGACUUAAAUGUCUCAUAAUCAAUUAGCUGAAAUACACAGCCAUACAUCUGUGAUACAUAAUAAGAUGCUGAUACACAAAAUACAAACAUAACUUUAUUUCAAAUUCUAGUCCAUAAUGUGAAGUUUGAUUAUUUUUUUUUUUAUGUUUCUGGUAGAAUUACAGGGAAAUAAAUGGAAAUAAGCACAAGACAUCUAGAAUUUUCUGUUUUAUGUAAUAGGCCUUUUUUCACUGCAGACAUUUUGACUUGUCAUAGUAGGAAAAGUACAGGUGUUUCAAAUAACAUUAAGAAUGGCUCCGUACUAUUCAAGUGUCCCAGUAAGCCAUGACAGUGUGACAGAGAGCCAGCAUGCACAACUCCAGGACCCUGAAACUGAAGCAGCUAAAUUCUUCAUCUUCAUUCUUCGUCAUUAUUAAUGAAUAAUUAUUAAUAAAAUAACUGUUGGCCUCAUAAUUAGUUAGUUUACAUAUGAAUACACAGCCCUAGGUAAAAUACAAACACAACUUUGGUCUCUGGUCCAGUUCAUAAAGUUUUAAAACAUAAAAUAUCUUCCUGCAUAUGGAAAUAAGCAUGUGACAGAUAGAAGUUGUCUAUCCUACAGUCAUAAAGAAAUGGGAUCUUGUGUUUGAAUAUUUAUCUCAAUUAAAGGCAUGGUUUUGUUCAGUAGAAUCGUUGAAGCAAGCAGAUAAACAUUAUGUGUAGAAAUAUUAUUUUAUCUUACAUUAAAGCUACUUUAAGAGGAGAUUUGUGGAAAACACAGAGAACACUGAAGCUUAGGAAAUUAAUUUGCUCUCCCUUUUACUGGCAAAAAAAUCACUGAGUCUACGAAGCAUCAGAGAAACAUACAGUAUAUGACAGUCAGUGGAGGAUGGUGAACAGCAGAGGGCGCUGAAGGCACAGUGUGCUGACAAUGGGCUGGAGAGAACCACCUGAUUUAGAGUAAGCUCAGCAGUGUGAUUUAGUCAGAAAUAGAUCAGUGUGCAAGAGACAAUGUGAAUGCAGCUGGUGUUAAAACUGACAGGUUAAACAUUUUGGGAAAUCAAGUGCCUUUAAUUGAGUUAUCCACUCAUUUACUUGGAUCAUUACAUGUCCGACUGUAAUUUCCAUUGAAUCCACUGGGUUAAUUAGACAAAGUAACCGCUUCAGAGGCAAAAACUGUGGUAGUGUGUAAGUGUAAUAGGCUUUAUGAUAAAACUGUUCAUUCAACUGCCAAGCCACCAGAUUGAAA